UCAGUAACGGAAGCAGGAAAACACGACCAGGUCCAAAGUCUAGUAAUGAGCGCGUGAAGUAUUCAAGAUGACUCAGGUAAGCCAUCAUCCAUGGGGAGAGUGGCCUGGCCAGGGCACCGUGGACCUGUGGGUUGUCCAGUCUCCUCAGGUGAAGGUGGAAGUCCUAACCUUAGGUGCCAUUAUCAGAUCAGUGAGCUACAGAGGGAACGAUGGACAAAUGGAGGAUGUAGUCCUUGGCUAUGAUAACCUGGAAGGUUAUGUAUCAGAUAAGCGGUACCUGGGCGCUGUGGUGGGCCGUGUGGCAAACAGGAUUGCAAAGGGACGUUUUGUCCUUGAGGGAAAGGAGUACCAGCUGGAUCUUAACAAUGGACCAAACGCGCUGCAUGGAGGCCUGCGAGGCUUCAACAAGGCUAUCUGGCUUGCUGCAGCAGUGGAAGGUGGUGUGCAGCUGAGUCUUACCAGUCCAGAUGGAGACCAGGGUUAUCCUGGUGAAGUUCAGGUCUCUGUCUCCUACACACUGCAGGGGGAAGAACUAACUGUUGAAUACCAAGCACAGGCUAACAAAACUACCCCCAUCAACCUCACCAACCAUUCCUACUUCAACCUGGCCGGACAGGGUGUAGCAGAUAUCUACGACCAUCAGGUGUCCAUCACUGCACAGUCCUACCUGCCUGUGGAUGACACAUCAAUUCCUACAGGAGAGAUCAGAGAGGUGAAAAACACACCCUUUGACCUCAGAGAACCAGUUCUCAUUGGCCCUCGUCUGAAGGAACUUCAAGGCCCAGGGUUUGACCACAACUUCUGUUUGUCAUCACCCGGAGGUCCAUGGACAGAGAAACGCGCUGCCAGAGUCUGUCACCCAGCAAGUGGGCGUGUCUUAGAGGUUUCUACUAACCAGCCAGGAGUCCAGUUCUACACUGCCAACUUCCUGGAUGGCUCCAUCGCAGGAAAGUGUGGUUGUAGGUACAGGAAGCACAGCUCCUUCUGUCUGGAGACGCAGAACUGGCCUGAUGCUGUUAACCAGCCUUCAUUUCCUGACUGCCUUCUGCGUCCUGGAGAGAACUACCAUCACAUAACUCGCUACACCUUCACAACUGUCUGAUCUGACAGACAGAAAAGAAGAAAAUUUCAUCGUUUGCAGCAGAUUGUUUCAUUUCCUAAAAGUCUGCUUUUUUAUUUUGAAUAUAAUUUUUGUUAACAUUUUACAAUAUUUUCUUAAGCUUGUUUUAGUUUGAGCAUCACAGAACUGAUGAGAUAAAGAAAAAACCUUCAUAGUUCAACAUGACCAAACUGUUAUAAUUUGAUUUAUGAUGAUGUGCCAUACUUGUCAUAUUAAACACAAUAUUGAUCAAGGGA